GCUUAUUUUUAAACUUUAUUGUUUGCGAAAAUAGUAAAUACGAGUUUUUAAGCGUGUUAUUAUGCCUUUCUGUGUAUAUAAAGAAAUAUUUUGGAGAAAAGUUUGCUGCACAAAAAAUAUCUAGGUGACCGUGGGGUUCACCUUUGUGUUGCUGUUUGUUUACGCGGAGAAAUGUCAAAACAUACAAAAACACCGGCAGUGUUCGAUUUUAUCUCAUUUGUGUAAAGGCAGUUCGGCUUAUCUUUAAGCGAUUAUAUUUACGUGUUGCAGCCCACAAAUGGUCAUGAAUGUGUUGAACAGCCAUCGUUGUGGACAAAUUUUAAGUAGGAACGCACUAAAACUUCUAUCCCGCGGGUGUACAACCAAAGUAAAUGAUCCAGCAAAAGAACCAAUGGCACAAUCUAGUGAAGAAGCUAUCGUCGUAGAGAAGGAAAACAAUAUCACUUUGAUUGGUAUCAACCGUCCGAAGGUGCGAAAUGCUAUCGAUUCGAUGACGGGCAUAAAAUUAUCAGCUGCCAUUGCUGACUUCGAAAACGAUCCCAAGGCGGAUGUAGGAGUACUGCACGGAAUCGGUGGUAGCUUUUGCUCCGGGUACGACCUUAGUGAGCUUUCACAAAACCCACAGCAGACACAAUCCAUUGUCCACAACCCGGAAGGAGUAAUGGGUCCCACGAGACGAAUGAUACGUAAACCGCUUGUUUGUGCCAUCACCGGGUACUGUGUGGCCGGAGGGCUGGAACUGGCACUAAUGUGCGAUUUGCGCGUAAUGGAAGAAAAUUCCGUGCUUGGAUUCUAUAAUCGACGGUUCGGAGUGCCACUGGUUGAUGGUGGAACGGUCCGAUUGCCAGCAUUGAUUGGCCUUUCGCGAGCAUUAGAUCUAAUCCUUACCGGCCGGACGGUUACUGCAAAGGAAGCUCUCGAAAUUGGACUCGUAAAUCGAGUAGUAGCUGUCGGGGCAGGACUUGGGCAGGCUUACAAUCUAGCGAUGAGCAUUGCAAAGUAUCCUCAGCUAUGCAUCCGCCAUGAUCGGGAUGCAGCGUAUUACGGUACCUUCUCAGCCCAAUCGUUGGAAGAAGCGCUAGAACGAGAGGCAUCGAGCACUACUUCCGAGUUGCUGCAGGAAGCGAAGGAAGGGGCCGAUAAAUUCCGGCAGGGCAUCGGUCGCGGUGGAAGUUUCAGUGGGGUCAAGGAGCGCAAACUGGCAGAUUGGGAAAAAGCAGAAAUGACACACGAAUCUAAACUAUAGCGCAAUAAGAAUGUUGUAUGUAUAAAAUUGUUUUCAAAUCGUAUAACUUUCAGUACACAUUUUUAACUUUUUAAACUUAUGAAAAAGCUUCAUUUUCAAUCAUAUGUAUACAAUCAUAUUGUUAUUUUUUCAAUAACAAUUAAAGGAUAAACGAAAGAAAAAAAAAUUGGUGAUAAUGUUCGUUCUAUAUAACAAACACUGAUUAAGAGAGGAGAAGUGAAUCCCUUUAAA